UGCCACCGGCGGGAUACAAGGGGACACACGCAGCACUGAGGAGGAAGUGAGACGAAGUGACCGCGUUCAAACAAAGUGUCCGUGAGUUUCUGUUGGGAAAGCAUCAAGAUCUGCGGCAAACUGUGCAGGAUUGCGUUCAUCUCCAAAAUCCGGGUUGCAGCCGGUUUUUCACCUUAAUCUAUCAACUAAACGUAUGGACUUAUGGAAGUUUCCACCUCUGUAUCUCAUGAAUUUGCGACCACUGCAAAAUAAAAGAGGGAAAAGAAAGAAAGCAACUGUCUGAUUGAUGAGUGGAGUCCUGCUCAAACCCUGGGUGAUUGGCAGGAGGAGGAGAGUCUGACGGAGGAGCAGAGGAAUGUUGGCAGCCAUUUAGUCUGAGCUCAACAACGGAGGAAACAUGGAUUCUUCACAAAAAAAAUGUAAACGCAGUAAUGGAGUGAGAUGUCGGACCUCUGAGGAGGAUAAGGAUGGUUCAGCAAAAACAGCAAAAAGAGAUGAAUCACUGAGUUGUGCGCAAUGUGGCAAGACUUUUGUCACAGCAACAAAGCUAAGAAUUCACAAACGUAUUCACACUGUGGACAAACCAUUCAGUUGUGAUCAGUGUGGAAAAGCUUUUACUCUGAAGAGUGAUCUCGCAAAACAUCAACUUAUUCACAGUGGAGUGAAACCAUUCAACUGUGAUCAGUGUGGAAAAGCUUUUACUCAGAAGGGUCACUUAAAAAGCCAUCAACUCAUUCACAGUGGAGUUAAACCUUUCAACUGUGAUCAAUGUGGAAAGGCUUUUAAUCAGAAGAGUAAUCUAACAAGCCAUCAACUCAUUCACAGUAGAGUUAAACCAUUAAGCUGUGAUCAGUGUGGAAAGGCUUUUAUUCACAAGAGUCAGUUAAAAAGUCAUCAACUCAUUCACAGUGGAGUUAAACCAUUCAGCUGUAAUCAUUGUGGAACGGCUUUUACUCACAAGAGUACUCUAGCAAAUCAUCAACUCAUUCACAGUGGAGUGAAAUUGUUCGGCUGUGAUCAGUGUGGAAAGGCUUUUACUACCAAGAAAACGUUAAGAAGUCAUCAACUCAUUCACAGUGGAGUUAAACCAUUCAACUGUGAUCAGUGUGGAAAAGCUUUUACUCAGAAGAGUAACUUAAAAAGUCAUCAACUCAUUCACAGCGGAGUUAAACCAUUCAACUGUGAUCAGUGUGUGAAAACCUUUACUCAACAUGAACAGUUGUUGAUCCAUCAAUGCCCCCAUUCUGGUCGAAAGCGGUACCACUGUGACUCCUGUGAGAAAACUUUCAGCUCCCAACAGAGAUUAAAACGUCACCAACGCAUCCACACUGGACAUGAUGUGUACGCAUGUGAUUACUGUGGCAAACCAUUUCUAUUGUACUCGCAGUUAAAAGCUCAUGAAGUGACCCACACUGGGGUUAAACCAUACAUUUGUGACCAGUGUGGGAAACGCUACAGCUACAUUGCACAUCUCAAAAUUCACCAACGUGUCCACACUGGGGAGAGACCAUACAGAUGUGACGAGUGUAAGAAGACUUUUACAACUUUGGGUUCCCUGAAACAACACCAGCAGAUCCACACCAGAAAGAAAGCAUUCAAUCAGUGUCACAGUGAGCAGAACGGAACAGAUGGACAAAACUCUCAGACUUGUCAGCACUCUGCCAAUGGUGAACAGUGCUGCUUUGACCAGUCUGGACCAACGUCCAACCAACAGGGAACCCUACAACGACACCAGCGUAUGCACACUGGACACAGACUGAACCCCUGCCAAGAAGAUUUCUCCAUGCAGGGUUCAGUAAAAGUUCAUGAAGUCCUCCACAAACUUAGUCCUUGAGAUCCGGCUUCACAGAAUUCUGGUCUAAUUUCUUGUUGAGUGUCUUAAUUGUAAAAUCUAUUAAGAGGAAAGCUGUCGUUAACAGACGUGACUGGUAAAUUAAUGAAAUCAUUCAAAGUGGUUAUUCAGUUAAAUGAAUUAUCAGUGGUAGAGGGAUAGACGUCUGGAUGGAGGCAGUGAGCAGCAGGGCGAAUUUCCAGCUUAAUGGUUCCUCAGAUCCCUCUAGGCUGCAGGAACCUGUUGGAUGCAGAGCUGGUUCAGUGAUUCUCUGAUGGUUAAGCAUAAUUAUAUUGUUAAAACACAAGAAUUGUUCACCAGUCGAGCCUUUUUUAACCCUUACCUCAGGUUAAAUUUGGUCCAGCUCUCCGUUUAAAGGGUUAGAUUCUAUCUGCCUUUUUGUAUUCCACCUAACAAGUUUCAGCAGAAUAAAUUAAGCUGGAGUCGAGAGACACUCGCCCAGGUUCUGACUGCCUUGCUUCCGAAUGUCUCACCCCUCUUAUCUGAUAAAUGCUAUCCCACCAAGCAGCCUUUCUAAGUAGUAGAAUUGAUCUAUCAUUCACGUUCGUUAUCGGUCAGCUUCUCUCUAAGGACUUGCAUGCACUUGGUGCUAUUCCUGGGUUCGUUUUAGAGGUUUGGAAAGAACUAACCUCAGGGGUAAUGUUUAAACACUCUCACUUUGGACUAAGUAACCUUUAAGAACCAUUGGAUUGAAUGCACACAAUCAACUUAACUUUUUACCACUAUGCAGAUUUUUAGUGGUUUAUAAUAAUUUCAUUAGGCUUCUCUUUAAAUGCAAUAAAGCGCUUUAUUAAGCAAGUUUAGCAAGGGCACAGCAUCAAUUCAUGAUUAAAACAAUUAAUUAUUUCUGAUUAAAAAUGAUCCUAAAGUAACUAAAUUGAGCGUACCUGACAAUCUUCUCUAAUUGUUAAAUUUAGGAGAGAGAGCGAACAGCGUGGCCACUACCGUAUCACUCGGUCUUGACUUGCGUCUGGGAGGAGUCCUCAGUUGUCCAGAGGACUCGUUACGAUGUCUUCUUUGUGGACAAAAGGAUCUUAUCCCUCGGCAGGGGGGAGCGGAGGAACCCUGUAAGCCAAUCGUGGUCUGGCAGUUAUCUCUGGAAUCGGCUGGAACGUUAGUGCUUACGCUCUGUGGUAUGGUGGUGAUGGAAAACCUUCGUCUGUUCAGGCUGUAGUGGGUCACUGGGUCUCCCAGCCCCGGGGAGGGGAACAGCCCAGUGCUGUUGCCUCCUUUGCCUCUUCGGGUGUAGUCGGUUCUCCCCUCUAUUGGUUUCUUCUGGAUAACUGCAGAACCUCUUCGGACUCUCCGUUGGGCAGAGUGUGGUCUUCGCUUGUUGAACAAAGUCGGAAAAAGACUUUGCUUCCAACGAUAUCCUCAGCGAUCUCUGGAGCCUAAGUCCCGCGUAGUCUUCCCGUCUCUAGGGCAAUAGAGGAAGGUGAAGAUUCUUCAGAACUCCGGCCAAGUUCCCUUUGCAGCUCUUCUUGCAGCUCCGGCGAACAUCUCCCGUCUAACUCUUCUGUGCUGCCGCUCUUAUACGCUCUCCUCUACACACAUCUCUGGCUAGGUACGCCCUCUGACACCGUCUAACUUAUGCAAUCGACUUGUCAUCACAUACAGCAGUAAUACAGAAGUCAUGUUGUUACAGCAAAUACACAGUGUCCACAUUCUGUUUAACACACACACAUUUCAGCCAGCCCUCUUGGGUUUUUCCCAAACUUCCCUUUUUUCCGAGGAGGCUGCAAUGUCAUUGUGGCUGCCGAGUCAUGGUGAUUGUUGUUUUCUGCACUUCUGCUUUCUUAAGGCCUGGACACACAAAGCCUAUGAGGCCUGUACGCACACACAGAGCCUAAACAAGGAUUACUUCACAUAGAAUCACUUCUUAAAUCAUUCUUCUCAAUCUGAACAUAAUAAAUCAUCUGAAUCAUUACUUUAAUCAAAUCAACACUUUAAAAAUGUAUAUAUAUUUCAGCAAGCAUAAUCAUAUGGUUAACUUAUAAUGUUUCUUCGUAAGAUCUUUAUUUGUCUGCUUCAAAACCUUUAUCUUAGGGCCAUAAUGAGCCUGACUCCUUUCUGAGACCUCAACAUCUGCAUCUUACUUGACAGAAUUAAUGUUUUGGUUCCAAUCACAUUGUAUUUGCAUGUAGCUCUGUGUUUUCUGCUCCAGGAAUUGGGUGAUGUGUAUGACCUUGCACCCACAGCUGGUUGCUCAUGUUACUUCCAUGUGAUCUGCCAUUAAAACGGCCACAUUCUACCAUAAACACUGUAAAUAAUAACACACCUGCUCAAAGUUAAAGGCCAACAUAUGACCCAAACAUGACAUGGAUUUGGUGCCACUUUGAACUAAGAUGAUCUCUUCUGUUAAACAAACCGUUGAUUGUGAAUCUUUUUUCCAGAUAUGAAGCUGCUCCUUCCAGGUCCACAGACAGUAAACAAAACAAAGCUCUCUGUAAAAACCCUCAGAAUGUUGAAUAGAAUAAAUGUGGACAGUUUCAUGACUGUAAGAGAAGAUUUCUGGAUCAGUUUGGUCAUUUUGAGGCUAAUUUUGCUCAUUUUGUGUCAGAAUGUGUUUAAUUUUGAUCAGUUUACAUCUUUUGGUCCGUUUUUAAAAAUGUUGCAUCUUUUCAUGUUUUUUUGGUUGUAAUUUUGGUUAUUUUGAUCUUUUUGUCUGUUUUGCUCAUUUUAUCUCUCAUUUUAGUCAUUUUACACCCGUUUCAGAUUGCUUUUUUUCAUUUUGUGUCUCAUUUUUGUCAUUUUGUUGCUAAUUUUUGUGUCUGGUUUUUGUCAUUUUUGCUUAAUUUUAGUCCCAUUUUGCCACUUUUGGUCUUUUUUUAAUGUCCAUUUUGUAAUUGUAUGGUAUUUUUCUAUCUUGGUCGGAUGUUUUAUGUUCCAUUUUGGUCAUUUUGUGUCCCAUUUGAACUGUCCCAUAACAUUGUUGGACCGUUCAGUAGACUCUGGGUCUUUUUCUCACCACUGAAAAAGUUUGUCCAUUUUUGUCUCAUUUUGGUCAUUUUAUAGAUUAGAUAAAACGUGACUGUCAUUACACAGAGAACAAGUACUAAGACAGUAAAUGCAUUUUUAAAAAGUCCGUUGUGAUGUCAGAGAGAAGAACUAACAACUGUUACCUGUUAUGUAUUGUGGGUUACAGAACUAAUCUCUGCCUGCUGUGAGGUGUCAUUAUUAUUUCAAAGAGUCACUAGAGGGCGCACUGAUAUACUGGAGUGUGUGAAAAUAAAUGGCUCGAAUGGCCGCAGCAGGAAA